UAUUUUAUUUUCAGCCAUUUUCAAGCUACUUUUGCAUUUGCUGUCGUGCAGUCGUUGUUAUGCAUUGUCCCAUUAUCAUUAGUUAUUAAAUCAUAUGACGAUCUUGACGCGUUGAUCUACACAUCAAGACGUUUACCAAAAACUCUCUUAUUGGCAAAGAAAAUUUCUUUAAGUGGUUUGCUUGGUGCGUGGUUUGGAGCAUUCUUUAUUCCAUUAGAUUGGGAUCGCUGGUGGCAGCGUUGGCCUUUACCUUGUAUAUUUUGUGCUUUUUUCGUUAAAAUGCCAAAGUUUCAAAUGCCUUCUGCGCUCAAUACCUUUUUCCCUCAUUCAUCAGGUGUUCCGAAAUUAAAAGCAAUAAUUUUUGCUGAAUUUGACUCCAACAAAGGUCCUGUAAUUACAUUUCAAGUGCCGAAGUUACUAUUUGAUGCAAAGAAUUUCGAUACCUUUUCCAGCGCUAUUAUAACAAAACCGGAAUUGUUUCAAAGGCUGAUCAAAGUGAAUCAUGUUGAAGAUAACGAGGGGCAUGUUUUUAAAGUAAUGGGUCAUGCUAUUGGAAUCGAAUCAGAACAAUAUCCUCGUGGCCGUUAUAUAUUUAAUUUAUGUUUUGUUGUGGAUAAAGAGAGCAACGUGGAUUGUAUGUAUGAACCUAUGGUGCAGAAAUGUGCAGCCUAUCUUACGCAAUUAGAAACAGAAAAUAAUUUUCUUUCACGAUCGAAGGAUGAACUUCCAAAUCUUAUGUUGGCUAUUUUCGAAGGCCUUAAUGCUUAUGGUGAAUGCAAAAUACCAGUCGCUGAUCGAACUGUCAUUUAUCUUAAACUUUGUCCAUCUUUUCAUGGAAUUGAACCACCAAAAGUUAAUCCUUAUAUGGUUCCAAUGUUCAAAAGAAUGCCACCACCAAAACUUUCAUGUCAUUUAACGAAGAUGGAUAUUCUUUCUCAGAAGAUAAUUACAAUGAUUGAUGGUGUGCGCUGUAUUAAAGAUAUUUCAUUGUUGGUUCAAAUUGAUGUCGAUCUUGUUGCGCGUUGUGUUCGGCAUCUUCAUUUUUAUGGAUUCCUGGCAUUGUUACCUCUCUUCAUGUAUUCUAAUUCAUAUGUUGCUACUGAGAAGUUGCACGAUUUCUAUUUGAAUACAGAUAUCCAUGAGAGUUGCCUCGAUUUUGUUGGAAUUAGAAGAGGUAUUAAGAGUUUCCCGGUUACUCGGCCCACAUUUACCGAUGUCUUUAGAUUGUACGCUAGUUUAAAGAUUGGAUUUACUAUGAAAGAAUGGUGUGAACGAUUUAUGCCUAGACGAUACAAUGUUCAUGAACGGCGACUCAUACAAUUUGGACUGUUUCAUGGAUUUAUCCGUAAAUUGAGCGUGUAUCCUGUGGCUUUAAAAAAAGAUGAUCGUCUGAAGUAUGCGAAAUAUUGUGAUGGUUCAUUCUCGACGGAAGAUAUUGCAGUAAUGCAUAGCAUGUCACCUUUGAAACUUUUUAAAAUCUUACAAGAUGAUGGUAAUUAUGUUUUUAUUUCUAAAUAA